GGGACUGGGGAACGAGUUUUCGUCAAAUUGCGUAAAGCGAUGAACGGAUUGCGCUCUGCUCCAUUAUCUUGGUAUUGCGAGUUGGCUGAAUACUUGCGCUCUCAGAACUUCGAAGCAAGUUUGGACCCCACUAUCUUCCGUCGUCUUACGAAGAAGGGUUUGACGAUUGUGUUGUUUUAUGUGGAUGACUUGCUGAUCUAUAGUGAAGAUGAAGCUGAGGGGCGCCGGUUCUAUGAGGAGUUGCGUAAGAGAUACAAACUGAAACUUACGGGCGAGUUGAUUCAAGAUUGCCCCGGGGAAGUCUCGUUUCUCGGUCGGCGGAUCUUUCGCCGUAAGAAAGGGGAACGUACGGUGUAUUUCGGGCUAGACGAACAGUACCUGAGUUCUUGUUGCGAGGAGUACGGAAUCACCAAACCUGCACCAAAGCUCCCUUCCCUUGAACGCCGCUAUGCGGAGUUGCUGAAGAAAGGCCAGACUGAGCUGAUCAGUCCAGCUGCUCACGAAAGGUACAGAAGGACUCUGGGCCGUUUGGCCUGGGCGGCUCUGUCACGACCAGACCUGCAGUUUGUGUGUGGGUUUCUGGGCCGCCACCAAGCAGCUCCUGACGAGGCUGCCGAGACCUGUAUGAGGGAUGUCCUUCGUUGGGUCAAGGGUCUUCCGCACAAGGUCCAGAGGUUUCCGAGCAAAAGGGAGAGCUUGGAAGAUGAUGCGGACCCUGCCUCUGUAUCUUGUUUUACGGACGCGAGCUGGAGUCUGAAUUCGGUAAGCGGCGGGAUCAUCACUUGGGAGAACUGUUCCCUGAAAAGCUUCAGCAGGAAACAAACGACUACCGCACUCUCCAGUGCGGAAGCAGAACUCGCUGCACUCACAGAGGUUGCUCGUGAAGGGUUGUACAUUGCUUUGCUUGUGGAGACCAUCCGCGAGGGUAUGCCGAAAGACAGGGAAACCGGUUAUUAUGUUCUUAAGGGAUAUUCUGAUUCCGAAUCGGCGGUUUGUAUAUCGAAGAUGCAGACCCUCCUGAGGAAAGUGAGGCACAUCGAACUGCGUGCCGCAUUCCUUCAGGAGCUGGUGGCCAGGGGUCGUUUUACUAUAGAACACAUACCGGGAGUGAUAAACCCUGCGGACGCCCUCACGAAGAGUCCCACCAACGAAAGUUUGGCUAGUUUGUACGAUGCCUCUGGGCUUGUGGAUGAACCGAAGGCCUGGGAGAGUGAGCCUACUGAGGUGCACGUGUCUUUUGAAGAGCCCAAUGAAAACGAACGAAAGGCCCUGGAGAAGUGGAGAGCGGCUCUGGCCGUUCACAAGAGGUCCUGGAAAAGGAUCGAGAAGCUGUUGGAGCCUUACGUGGGCUCCCCGAACCUUCUGCUUUCUCACGAGUGGCCUGAGAGGUCAGGACUGUGGGAUGAGACUGUGUUUAAGAGGGUUUCUAAGAAGCUUCGUUUGGAUCAGGGUUGCGUUGUGGAUCGUUGUUGCUUUGAAAAGGGUGACCAACGACCUUGGAAAAGAUGGUGGUUUGUGUCUAACCGCACAGAGUUUGGACACAGUCACUACUACCUUCCUCUUCCUGAGUCAGGUGUGUAUCCAGAGGGCUUAGGAUUCGCUCUCUUGAAGAACGCGAAGAAGACUUUUGAGGAGAAUGAGGUCGAUCCUCCUCUUGCCGAGUGCACUUCUAGAGCUUGGAAGUGGGCACCACUCCUUGCUUGCUUUCUGCAGCCACUACUUCUGGUAGUGGUUUCCACACCAGCUUGCAGCCAUGCCGCGCACUCCCAAGUGGAUCCCGUGCGCUUGUGGGUACCACUGGGCCUGGAAACGCCAGGUCGAGACGGUCGCACCAAAGGCAAGGGAAAAGGAGAGGGAAAGGGUUCUAAGAACCUUCCAGGUGGCAAAGUCGGCGCGGUACUCGCGGGUCUUUGGAAAGACCUACCAGAGGCCGCCCAGAAAGCCUUUCAGGAGGUCGGGUACAGCCCACCUCGGCCGAAAGGGCCGCCGCCACCCCCGCCAGGACUGGACCUCCAGUCCCUCCUUAAGGGUAGGAUGACCGAGAAGGAGUACAACGCUGCCAGGGCCGUGGUCUACGCGGGGGCAGGGCUCCACGUCCAGACCCUUUUGGAGGCCGCGGGAAUCCCCCCUCCACCCGAUGAGGACCUCGACCAGCCUGAGCCCACGCCCCAAGAGAAGCUGACCAGGUGUGUCAGCGACUUCAAGAAGGCCACCAACCAGAUGAAGAAUCUGGUGGAGAAGAAGGCCAAGCUCCAGGCCCGAGCGGACAAGCUCAAGCAGGAGCUGGAAAAGCUCAUUGGGGACGUGGACCAGGUCGACAAGGACAUCAAGGCCAAGGAUGUCGAGAUCCAGGAAACGGCCAAGGCUUUCAAAGAGAUGACGGCGGACUCCACUAGCACCGCCUUCAGCGCCCUGGAGGCGGUCCUAUCGGAGGCUGGCCAUGAGCUCAAUGAAGCCACCCGCGCCAAGAUGAAGGCUGCCUUGGUCGGGAAGGAGGACCUCCCCCCGGACCCCUUCAUCGUGGGUUUCAGAGGGCCUGAUGAGUACUUCCCUCGGGGGAUGCCCCCCAUGUACGGGCCUGCCCGCACCGAUCCGCAUGGGAAGCGCCCCACACCUUUGGAAGGGACGAAGCCAGAGGGAGCUGCAGGCAGCGACAACCCCGAAUAG